AUGCUGAUGACACGGACGCCUGUGUCGGCACUCCAGGGUCAGAACUCGUCUUCAUCUUCCUACCCGGAUUCUGCGGCACAUCGCCACAAUUACAGCGAUUCCACCAACUCGACGUCGUUGGACGCGGCAGGCGCCGGCGGCGACAGUUCUUCCUACGCUUCAUAUCUCACGGUCGAUACAACCUCCAUCAUGAACGGAGUGGUUGGCACGGCACCGCCCGGUGCCAUGUACGUGCGUGCCCUCUAUGACUACGAGGCUGACGACAGGACCAGCCUGAGCUUUCAUGAAGGCGACAUUAUUCAGGUCAUCACACGGUUGGAGAGCGGAUGGUGGGAUGGCGUUAUCAAUGGCGUCAGAGGCUGGUUCCCGAGCAACUACUGCGAAAUCAUUCCGAGUCCGGACGAAUUGCCGGAGAUGGAAGACGGCGGCGACGCUGAGCAGACGGAUGAAGAGAACGACGAGCAAGAGGUCUACGAGGAAGGAUUGGAUGAUGACGACGUAUCCGAUCACGAUGAGGGACUUCCGCUCGAGGGCCAUGACACAGACCGAUCCAGGGCUGAUUUUUGGAUCCCACAAGCCACCCCGGAUGGCAGGCUAUUUUACUACAACACCAUGACUGGUGAAAGUAGGCUGGAGCUUCCGCUUGAGUCCCCCUCCUCACUGAACGAAGGACCGAGAGAUCGAAUGAAUGUUAGCAUGCCAGAUAGGACGAGACCGCCACCCGAACUGAUCGCGAGAGGCCUGACCCAGGAGGAAGAGGAGGAAUCCGACGUGAACUCGGCAUCCGAGCUGGAGGGAGAGGCCCUGAGGAACACAUCACGCGCGGCACGCCGACCCAGUGCGAAGGACACCCUCUCGCCUUCCACCUCGAUGGACUCGAUGAACGGUCAUGCCACCGGAACAAAAUCACGCAGCGAGACGUAUGCGAAUGGCAGCACCCUCUCUGCCCCCAUGGUCGCAUCCGCAACGUCCUUCACGAGCACUGGAUUUAAUUUACCCACUGCGGCAACCAUUCCACGCUCAUUUUUUGACGACGGUAGCGCGCCGCCCCUAACCUGGACUCGACUGGUUACCAGUAUGAGGGAGGCCGUCGAUCUCUAUAGACAUGCCAUCCGGAACGGCAACCGGUCAGAGUAUGUGGCACGAGCAGAGGAUAUAUCGGAUCAUCUGCGCCUCCUCCUCGCUGCCGGCUCAGGCACGACCGACAAUCACUCCGGACAGCCAUCUAUCAUCUCCACGAAUAAGGCUCUCUAUCCUCAUUUCCGGGAUAUGAUGUCCAAGUUCUCCAAGCUCGUGAUCUCCUCACACAUCGCGGCUGCCGAUUGGCCAAAUGCCGAGUCUGUCCAGAAAUGCUUGCAAGAAGCCGAUGGCGUUCUUCUUGGGGUGUAUAGCUACAUCGAAGUUGCGAAGCAACAGCGCGGCGAAGAGAUCCCACGACUAUUUCCGGGCUUCGUCAUUGGGUCGGCCGCCGGUGGUAGCUGGCAAAACAAUGGCCUCAGUCCCCGCGAUCCCGUUACCACCAAUUUCCUCGAAGACGAGGAAGGAUAUGUGGAACCGACAGCGAUUCUCGAUGGCAAACUACUAGAACGACUGGAUGAAUUGAAACGGAUGCUUGUGUCUAGCAUACGAGAGCUCGAGAAAAACCUCAUAAUCACCGACAAAGUGGUCACUCCAUACAAGCAUGAAAUGAUCGGCAACACUGUCUGCGCUGCCGGAGGCAAGGUACUCGAUAUGUUCAAGCCCUGGAUCGCCAUGAUCGAGUCGAUUGAUCUCUCAUUACUGGGCAACAGCUUCCAGACGCCCCAGCUCACCGAUUUCAGCACCAACAAACAGAGUCUCUACGACAACAUUUCCGAUCUGCUGCUUGGCUGCCAAGCUGUUGCCGGACCGUUGGCUGAUGAGUGGUCUGAAGUGAGGGGUCAGGCUUUGGAGGAGCGGCUUGAGUAUGUCCGGCAAUGCGCGCGGGCGCUCGAGACGAACUCGUCACACAUCGGUUUCUCGCUCCAGCUCCUCUCUGAGCAGGUCUCCAUGGUUAUUCAACAGCAACAAGAGAUGAUCGUACGCGAAGAAGUCGUGCAGCGGGAACAACUCAGGAGAAUUGAGACGAUGCCCUAUGAGCGGCCACACCAGCGGACAGAAUCACGGGGAUUAGUAAGGCCAGGGCUGCCGAUGGGAUCGCAAUCCUUUACAGAGGGCGAGACUCUACCCCCCAACUACCGGAAGGGCGAUCCGUCAAAGAUGAAACGGUUUUUCGGGGAAGAUCCCGCCCCGGUGGUGCAAGCACAAGUCCCCGAAGAAGUGCCCGAAUACUUGAAGAUGGACCACGAAAACGAUCUGUCAUGGGACCUCAAAGUCGUCCCUCCGGCUGUCAAGGGGGGGUCGCUGCUCGCUUUGGUAGAGCAACUGACGCGUCACGACAAGUUGGAUCCAAAUUUCAAAGAUACUUUCCUCCUCACAUACAGGUCUUUCACUACAGCACGGGAAUUGUUUGAAUUGCUGGUCAAGAGGUUUGCCAUCCAGCCGCCCGAGGGUUUGAACCAAGCAGAGUACGACCUCUGGCGAGAGAAGAAGCAGAAACCGGUCCGAUUCCGUGUGGUUAAUACCCUCAAGAGUUGGUUCGACGGCUUCUGGAUGGAAGAGUACAGCGAGGAGAAUAAGCAGCUCAUACGUGAGGUCUACAAUUUCACCAGAGACACGAUCAGGACGUCGGACACCCCUGGGGGGGCACAGCUGAUGGCACUGUUGGAACAACGGUUACACGGCAGAGACAAUUUCGGGCGAAAAAUGAUCCAAACGGUCAACCAGAACACGCCAGCACCUAUUAUGCCCAAAAAUAUGAAGAAGUUGAAGUUCCUCGACAUCGAUGUUACCGAGUUUGCUCGACAACUCACCAUCAUCGAGUCGCGGCUAUAUGGCAAAAUCAGGCCCACGGAAUGCCUCAACAAGACGUGGCAGAAGAAGGUUGGCGAAGGAGAGCCUGAACCCGCCCCUAACGUCAAGGCCCUGAUUUUGCACUCCAACCAAAUGACCAACUGGGUCGCCGAGAUGAUUUUGUCGCAGACCGAUGUCAGGAAACGAGUUGUCGUCAUCAAGCACUUUGUCUCAGUCGCUGAUAAAUGCCGGACGUUGAAUAAUUUCUCGACAUUGACCUCGAUCAUCUCUGCCCUUGGCACCGCGCCGAUUGCUCGCCUCAAGCGGACGUGGGAUCAGGUUCCACAGCGCGUCCAGGCAACCCUAGAAACCAUGCGCAAGCUGAUGGCCAGCACAAAGAAUUUUGGCGACUACAGAGAGGCUCUUCACGCUGCGAACCCCCCGUGCAUUCCCUUCUUUGGUGUGUACCUGACAGACCUCACUUUCAUUGAAGACGGCAUCCCAUCCCUUAUCAAGAAGACCAACCUCAUCAACUUUGCCAAGCGGGCAAAGACGGCCGAAGUGAUCCGCGACAUUCAACAGUACCAGAACGUUGCCUACUCUCUGCAGCCGGUGCCGGAGCUGCAGGAUUACAUAAUAAGCAACAUGCAAGCCGCCGGCGAUGUGCACGAGAUGUACGACAAGAGCUUGCAGAUUGAACCUCGGGAAAGGGAAGAUGAGAAAAUCGUGAGAGUGUUGGCCGAGUCCGGAUUCCUAUGA